GUUUACAUGUUUGCAGCAGCUAGCUUCUCGUGGCUUUUCUGCCCCUUCGUGAAACGUUUGUUCCUCUUUAUUCAGACACUUCUCACAGCGAUGAGAAGCCUUCAACCUCGAAGAAAGCUGCAGUGAAACCCAUGUUCCUCAAGGACUAUGAGCGGGCAGUCAUCCUGGAGAAGGAGGGUCAAACUAGUGCGAGUAACGUCUACGGCUUACCUACUCUCUGAAGUUCUCAUGGGGGACUGAGGAGAAUGCCGCGAAAGAACAGGAACUCUGCAUCCUUCCAGUGCAACAACAGCAUCUGCAUCCCUCGCCAGUCUGCCUGCGACGGUUACAACGACUGCCUUGAUGGCUCAGACGAGUGGCCCCAGAGCUGCCACGCCGAAUCCCCCGUGACGCUCGCCUCUCAUCAGUGCCACUCGAUGGAGUUCCACUGUGGCAGCGGAGAGUACAUCCACGGCAGCUGGAAGUGUGAUGGAGAUGCUGACUGCUUGGAUGGAUCUGAUGAAGCUGGCUGCACUCGCUCCACCUGCCGUCCAGAUGAGUUUGAAUGUGGCGAUGGAACCUGUAUCCACGGCAGUCGCCAGUGCAACCAGCAGUACGACUGCAGAGACACGACUGACGAAUCCGGCUGUGUUGACGUGACCCGCUGUGAGGGCCCGGACAAGUUCAAGUGCCGCAGUGGGGAGUGCAUAACCAUGGAGAGAGUGUGUGACAGCAAACGGGACUGCAGGGAUUGGUCAGAUGAGCCUCUUCGGGAAUGUGGCUCCAACGAAUGUCUUUACAACAAUGGCGGCUGCUCUCACAUUUGCAAUGACCUGAAAAUCGGCCAUGAGUGCUUGUGUCCCACUGGAUAUAGCCUCAGAGACAAAAGACGGUGCGAAGAUAUUGAUGAGUGCGCCAGUCCAGACACCUGCAGCCAGACCUGCAUUAACACGAUGGGCAGCUACAAAUGUGAAUGUGAGGAGGGUUACCAGGUUGACCCAGUAACCAAAGCAUGCAAAUCUAUUGGUACAAUAGCCUACCUCUUCUUCACCAAUCGUCAUGAAGUGAGAAAGAUGACUCUUGACAAAAGCGAGUACACUCGAGUAAUUCCCCGCCUAAAGAAUGUGGUGGCGCUGGACAUUGACGUAGCCACUAAAGAGAUCUACUGGUCAGACAUUUCUCUGAAGAAAAUCUACAGAACAAACAUAGACUCAGCUGACGACUCGACUCAGCACCAAACAGUCAUCGACAGCGACGUUGAUGCCCCUGAAGGAAUCGCCUACGACUGGGUCCAUAAAAACCUCUAUUGGACCGACAGUAUUCGUAGCACUAUCUCUGUGGCAACCGCUGAUGGCAGCCAUCGCAAAACUCUCUUCCACCAAGGCUUGUCGAAGCCUCGGGCGAUAGUGGUCGACCCCCAUAGCAACUUUCUUUACUGGACUGAUUGGGGAAAUCCGGCUAAGAUCGAGAAGGGAGGUCUCAAUGGUGUGUUUGUACUUCUUCAUGAUGCUCUCUGUGCUUUAAAUGGACCUCUGAGACUAUCACAGAGCAGGUGCAUUGAUAUGGAGACUUGAAUAGGUGGAUUCUAUUUAUCCUCAUUGGUCAUUUAGGUCAAACAUUGGAUCAUUCAGAGAUCCUCACUGAACACCUGGAGAGACUUUGCUGCACUGAAUGUAAAAGGAGCUAAAUUAUUUUGCCCAAUAUUUCAUUUUUUUAUUUGUUAAACAAGUUUGAAAUAUCCAAUAAAUUUUAUUACACUUCA